AUGAUGACCCCCACUCUACUUGAUCUAGCCGCAAUCACCGGCCUUCAUCCACAUGUUAUGGUUUACUCAACAGCUGACCUUCUAGAACCCAUUUUGAGCCCAAACUAUACCAAGGGCAACAAAAAUUGCACCAACUGGAUCAAAACCCACUUUGCCUAUACCAGGUCAUCCUCCAAAGCUCCAAGAGGUUCAAUAAAUGAUGUAGCAUACACAGAGCAUUUGGCCUUUCUUCAGAUGUGGCUAUUCAAGUGCUUGACUUACUUAAAGUGUGGCCAAACCACCAAAGAAGUUCAACCUUUGGCUGAGGCUCUUGUAGACUGUCAAGUAGUUGCCUUGGGUCUCAUCUUCUUGGCUUACCUUUAUAGAUGA